UUUCAACGGCACAGAGUCAGUCACUCACAUUACAGCAUUCUCUUCUCAUCUUGGCUCUGAAGCGGAAUUCCCACUCUAGUUUGCCUCCGUCCCACUUCUUGAUCCAUCGGUGAUACAGGUCCUAUGUGUACCUGCUGCAGUAGCUAUGCCAUUCGCCUUUGGUUAAUUUGAGCUCAGACUGGGAAUCAAACUUGGAUUGGUUCUGUCUUAGAAGACAACUUGAUCAACAUCAAGACGCCCUCGUUGAUAAUGGCGCGGCACAUAGAUUGUUUGGAACAUUUGUUUCCUGAAAUCUUUUCACUGCUGCAAGUUAUAGAUUUAAUUCGACUUUCAUGCGUUUGUAAAGACUGGAACCAGUUUGUCAAAAGCCCAGACUUCAUCUCCCAACACCAUCGCACCUUCAAUAACCUGACACAGCCCAUUCAUCUCCUUGUUCGCCGUAUCAGUGCUUAUUUUCAUUCUAAUUUUGACGAACCUCUCUUCUCUCACAUCUAUCUCCUCUCUUUCAACCCUGAGACCGAAAAUAUGACUCUCGAUGAGUUCGAUUUAGAUUUUAACCAUGAUCGAUUUACAUGUAUAGAUAUUUUGGGUCCUUGCAAUGGUUUAUACUGCCUCAGUUGCUCUCCCUUUCAGCUUAUCAACCCAUCCAUGAGAGCGCUUAGAACCCUUCCACAUGCCCCCGACCCAUACGUAUCUUCAACUGUGGAUCGCUUUCAUGGGUUUGGAUUCGAUCCAGAAACUAAUGAUUACAAGGUGGUCUCCAUCAUGUGUACAUACGAUGAAGAAACAGGUAAAGCAUUACCUUGGCAUGUUGAAGUAUACUCUCUAAGCGUUGACAGUUGGAAGACUGUUGAGUGCCGUGUGUCACCUUCUGUAUAUAUUUGGCAUAAUUCUCGGAUAGACGCUUUUGUUCUCGGAGAAUAUCACUGGUGGGCUGAUGAUGAUGUUGGUUCUGUAGUUGUUGCAUUUAACAUGACGAGCGAAACUUUCCGAGUCAUCAGGGUGCCACAGGAUGUGACUGCUAGAUCUGAAUUUGGUCUCGAGUCUAUAUUUGGACGUGUAACUGCAACAGUUGCUAAGUUUGGAGAAUCUCUUGCUGUGAUUGCAUAUCCCUACUGGGGGUUUACUGAGAAGAAGUUUAAUCUGUGGGUUAUGGAAGAUUAUAAGGACGGAGGGACUUGGAUCAAGCGCUACAGUAUUGGACCCAUUUUAGGAGCAAAGCAGCCAAUGGGAUUGUUGAAAGAAAGGGACCUGUUUCUUGUGGAAGAUAGAGAUGGGAUGUUGUUUUAUAAUCUCAAAACAGGAGAAAUCAAACGUGGACUAUACAGUGAAGCUGAUCGUAAGGAGUCCUUUCAGGCUGCAGUGUUCACGGAAAGCCUAGUUCCACUACCAAGAGCCGAUGGAAAGUUACGAUCAUUAGGAGUGAAGAGUUUCCUCACUUGGUUUGAUGCCCUUUUGCUUCGUGGCCAUUCAUCAUGAUCAAGUAAUUUUUCCCUUGUUUUAGGGGAGGCCAAAAGAGACAAACCAUUCCCUUUGAGGUGUUACUUCUUUUAGUAGUGUGCGUUUUUUGUUCGUAGCCAUAUCGUGGAAUACAGGUAAAAGAAAGA